UCGAUUUUUUUGCUUUUCGUUCGGUAUACAGUACUUUUUUGUGCUAUACUUCUAGCAGAGUUAGUUAGUUAUUAUUGUACACAACGGAUACUGGUAUCUUCAUCCACUUUUUUUUUAUAGGAUAUAGGAUUACUGAUGAAUCUGUAAGAUGUAAAUCAGGCACUUUGGAAUUUCUUAGUAUCGAGGGAUUGGUGUUUAUGGAUUUAAAGCAUUUAACCUUAGCUUUGCGACAUUGUGGAAAAAUUCGAGCUUUCAAACAUGGAAAAGCAUUUCACUGUCAUUCAAUAAAACUUGGGUACUCUCAACAUGUAUUCCUGGCGAAUAAUCUCAUUUCAAUGUACACUGAUUUUAAGCUAUUUGAUAGUGCGCGUCAAUUGUUUGAUGAAAUUCAUGAAAGAAAUGUAGUCACUUGGACUACCAUGAUCAAUUCCUAUAUUAGUGCUGGUAAUCUUUUUGAAGCUCUGAGGAUGUUUAACUUAAUGUCUGAGUUUGAAUUAGAGACACCCAAUCCUUUUACCUUUUCGUCGGCUUUAAAGGCAUGUUCCCUUUUAGGAGAUUUGGAAAUGGGUAAAUCAAUCCAUAGAAGUAUUUUUAGAGGUAGUUUGCAGUGUGAUACAAUUUUAAUGAAUACCCUUUUAAUCAUGUAUGUUAAAUGUAGAAGUUUGAGUGAUGCUCGUGAAGUUUUCGAUGCUAUUUUGUGGAAAAAUUCAAGUUCAUGGAACACAAUGAUUGAUGGGUAUGCUAAGGACGGUCAGAUGGGUGAGGCUGUUGAUCUAUUCCUACAAAUGCCUGUACGAGAUAAUGUUUCCUGGAACACUGUCAUUGCAGGCUUCACGAGUCUAGGUGAUAGUUCAAAGGCCCUAGAAUUUGUGCAAAUGAUGCCCAGGCAUGGUGUUCAUCUUGAUCAGUUCACAUUUCCUUGUGCUUUAAAAGCAUGCAGUUGCUUGAAUAUGUUGACAGCUGGGAAGGAGACCCAUUGUUACGUGGUUAAAUCUGAUUUUGGAUUAUGUGGUUGGAAGCAUGUUGUAGAUUUCUAUGCCAGACAUGGAUAUGUUGAAGAUGCCUUGGGUCUUUUUAAGAGACUUCCCAAUAAGGAUAUGGUUGCUUGGACUGCUUUGAUCUCGGUUUGCAGUCAAAACGGAUCAAGCCACUUAGCUUUUUCACUGCUCGGAGAUAUGAUAUAUUUGAAUCUUCAAGUAAACCAUUUUGUUACUUCGAGUGUUCUUAAAGCUUGCUCUACUCUAGCAGGGCUAGGAAGCGGCAAACAGGUACACACUUAUUGUAUUAAAUGUGGAUAUGAAUCAGAGCAGAUAACAGUUACAUCCAUUAUCGACAUGUAUUUAAAAUGUGGUGAGAUUGAGGAUGCUCUAACUCUGUUUAGCGGCAUAAAUGAGAGAGAUACGAUAUGUUGGUCAGGCAUCAUUUCUGGGUGUGGGCAUAAUGGAAGAUCCAAGGAAGCACUGGAGUAUUUUAACGAGAUGAUAAAAUCAGGAGUGAAGCCGAACGAGGUCACAUAUUUAGGUGUUCUCUGCAUGCAGACAUUCUGGUUUGGUUAGUGAAGCAUUGUUGUUCUUUAAAUGUAUUGUAGUAGAACAUGAACUAGAACCUAAGCUAGAGCAUUACGGUUGCAUGGUUGAUCUUCUUGGUCGCGCUGGAUAUUUAAAAGAAGCCGAGAAAUUGCUUAUGAGUUCUCCAUAUCAGACUGAUCAAACUUUGUGGAGCUCCUUGCUCUGGGCCUGUGGAAUUCAUGGGAAUGCUGAAAGUGGUAGUCGCAUUGCAAGACACCUUGUUUCUCUCUCUCCAGGAGAUCCCUCUGUCUAUGUAACACUUGCAAAUAUUUAUGCUAGUUUGGGAAUGUGGAAUGAUGCAACCGAAGUAAGAGCAGUUAUCAAAGAAAUGGGUAGCAAGGAAAUGGGCAAAAGCUGGAUUGAAGUUCAUAGUUGAUAAAUGAUGACUUGCAAGUUGAUUGAAACACACAUCUUACAUGUUGAAUUCAACAGGAUUGAGAGAGAAAGCUCCCCAUCUUUGUAGCCACAGGAACAGUAAAAUUUGAGUCUGAUACGACUUUCUACUGUGGCUGCUAGACCCAUGCUAAUUUAAGCUUUUUACAGGACAAUUCAAUUGGAUGCUGACUGCAAGUUCAGAACCUGGAGCCAUCUUCUCUCAUUACAGUUUGAAAUAAUGAUUCAAGAGCAUCAAUAUUGGAGCACUCGAUUCUGCCAGGGAUAGCAAAAAGGUUUUUUGAUGUAUUGCCAGAAAAGACAUUUUUAGCUCAUCCGUUAGAAAUUUGAACAGUUUAGGGUAUUUUCCUGCCAAUAUGUUUCUCUUGCAGUUUUGUUGUUGUAUGAUUUGUAAUAUUGUAUGUGUAUAUAUUGAUUACUCAAGGUUGAGAAACAGAGAUGCCAUCUGGUAGACUGGUAC